AUGUCGUCUACCGCUCCUCCUCCUACUCCGGUCGGUCCCGCCACCUUGAUCUCCGUCAAGGUGCAGCUCCACGAAAACAAUCGUCGCUUUAAGAUCCCCUUGGGCGAUCUGGGUCCCUCGGUGCUGCCCCAGAAGCUGCAGCAAUUGCUUGGCAUCCCGGCCGAUGACACCGUCAUCUUCGAGCGCUACUCGGACAGUGCCGGCUGCCAUAUCCUUCUGGAUCCCAGCAAUCCCGCCGUCUACAAACAGCUCUAUCGCGCCGCCAAGGCCAAAUUGAAGCUGCGCAUCAAGGCCACCGUUGCACCCUCGGAGGAAGAGGAAGAGGACGUCCCCGAACCCCAGAGCCCGCCUCGAUGCAACUACCUCGAGACCGUUCUGGGCUCGCCUGCCGAUCAGUCCCAACCUCGGGCCGAGUCCCAACCUCAGGCCGAGUUCCAGCCUCAGGCCCAGUCCCACCAGCGCGCCUUCGUGCUGAGCCAGGAUAGCCUGGCCGUGCCGAUAGUCCGCCACCACUCAGCUGACACGGGCAAUUAUUUCAUCGACUGCAACGCCUGCGGUCGCUCCAUCUCCGAUGAGCAUUACCACUGCAGCAUCUGUUUCGAUGGCGACUACGACCUCUGCCCGCCCUGUGUCACGUCCGGCGCCGCCUGUCCCGAUGAGGACCAUUGGUUGAUCCGUCGAUUCGUCAAGGAUGGCGUUGUCAUCAACAGCACCACCGAGACCAUCGGCUCGCAGAAGUCCGUGCCGGAGAUCACCCCGCAAGAGCCUUCUUCCCAGGUGAUUUCUUCGUUCCCAGGCGCCAUGAACGACCCGCCCGCUAAGCGCAUCUGCAAUUCGUGUGUCAAGGUAGAGCUAGAGGAAUCCCAUUUCGUCUCCUGUGAGGACUGUGAAGACCAUGAUCUGUGCAUCAACUGUCUGUUGAGAGAUGCCCACGGACACCACCCGGCCCACACGUUCACCUUGCUUGGUGACCAUCAAUUCAGUCUGCGGAACUUGGUGCUGUCCCGGUGCCAACCCGGCCGUCAUCGCCAGCACGCCGCCAUCUGCGACGGCUGUGAGAAACGCAUCGUGGGCGUCCGCCACAAGUGCCUCACGUGCCCCGACUGGGACUACUGCUCCGACUGCCACGCCAACGCCGCGCAGAGCCAUCGGGGUCACCGCUUUGUCCCCGUCUACGAGACGAUCGCCGAGCCGCCCGUGUCCCACGAGGUCCACUACGGCAUCUUCUGCGAUGGCCCACUGUGCAAGGGCCAGCCGUAUGCGAACUACAUCGCCGGCGUCCGAUACAAGUGCUCCGUGUGCUACGACCUCGAUCUGUGCGCCAAGUGUGAGGCCCUGCCGUCCAACUCGCACAACCGCACCCACCCCAUGGUCAUGCUCAAGACCCCCGUGCGCAACGUCACAGUCAGCACGGUCCACGACAACGCCCCGGGUGCACUGCCCGCCGCCCCGGCCAGUCGUCCCCAGCAGUCGACGUCGACCCAGGCCCCGACCCCGGCACCGGCACCGGCCCCCGCGGUGGCGGAAUCGCCGGUACUGCCGGUCUCUGAUGCGAUGGAUGUGGAGACCCGACUCCCGGCGCCGGAGAUCACUGCGCCGGAGACUGACUACCAGGCGGUCUUCGUCGCCGACACGGUUUUGGACGGCAGCACGAGGGCGCCCAACCAGGUGUUCCAGCAGGCCUGGACCCUGCGCAAUUCCGGUCCCCUCGCGUGGCCCGCGGGCACCGACGUCCGCUUCGUCGGGGGCGAUUCCAUGUUCAACGUCGACCUGGGUCAUGCCAUGAGUCUGUCGUCGAUGUCGGCGGCUAUGGAGACCAACAAGCUCACAGCCCCGGUGGCGCCCGGUGAGAGCGCCACGUUCACCGUCACCCUUAAGGCGCCCAGCCGCGUGGGCACGGCCAUCUCGUACUGGCGCCUGAAGCUGCCCAACGGCCUGCCGUUCGGGCAUCGCCUGUGGUGUGACAUCCAGGUGCGUGAGGAGGAAAUCCCCGUGGCGGUCGAGGCGGACAAGGCGCGCAGCGGCAGCCAGAUGAUCUUCCCCAAGUUGGAGAUGGAGUCCCCGGAGACGAGCACCCACGCGGAGACGGAGGCGGCUCCCACCGUCCCGUCCCAGCCCUCGGAACGGGACGUGUUGGAGGAGGUGGAGAGCUUGACGCUGGAUGAGGACACGGAGACGGACCUUCUGACGGACGACGAAUACGAUAUCUUGGAUGCCAGCGAUCAGGAGUACCUGGAUGCUAAAUCGGCCAGUGCAAACAAGAGAAGAGAAAAGAAAAUGCUCCGCUACCUCUCCCUCCUAGUAGCAGCUCUCGCAGCCCUCCUCUACACGCCCAUCUCCCGCAAUGUCACCGUGCUAGGCUUCUCGCGCGGGCCUCUGACCAGCCCCGUCAGAGCCCAAGGCGAGGGUUUCUACCGCAUCGAGGACACGAUGCAGUGCGAGGACCUGCACUACCAUGGACCCUCGGGCAAGAUCUUUGCCGCGUGCGAGGACUCCAUUCUCCCGCGUUUCGAGUGGUUCCCGCCUCUGGCGACGAUGAAUGGAGACGCGCAGACGAAGGGGUCGAUUCAUUUGAUUGAUCCGAAGACCAUGAAAUCCACCCGGCUGCAGUUCGAAAACUUCCCCGGCCCCUUCAUCACCCACGGCUUCGACAUCGUCGCCGACCCCUCCCAUCCCAACGCAGUCUACAUCCUCGCCGUGAACCACCUGCCCAACCCGGCCUACGCGCCCGAGUCCGACCUCCCCAAAGCCCGCUCGCAGAUCGAGGUCUUCCACCACGUGCUGGGCAGUUCGACUGCGCGGUUCGUGCGCUCCGUGCGUCACCCGCUCAUCACCACGCCUAACGAUGUCUACGCCGUCGCACCGGACAGCUUCUACGUCACGAACGACCAUGCGCACCGCGAGGGCCUACUCCGUCAUGUCGAGGACCUGGCGCCGUAUGUCGGGUGGACUAGUACCGUGCAUGUCCAGCUGGGUAGUCUUGCCUCUUCGGCGGAUGCCGAAGAUGAAGUCACCGCGCACACGGCGCUCACAGGACUAAAGAAUAACAACGGUCUGGGCCAUGGUGCCACCCCCGAUGAGAUCCUCGUCACGAGCGCCAUUGGCGGCGAGUUGUACCUCGCGAGUGCUUCAUCGGCUAAUCACACUAUCACCGUCGAGGAGACCAUCCCUAUCGACAGCACGAUCGAUAACCCCAGCUACUAUAAGGAUCCGAAGGGUGUCCCCGGCAACGAUGCCAGUGGCUAUGUGCUGGCUGGACUCCGCCGCGCUGCGGACUUGCCUGCUACCGUGCAUGAUCCGGAGGGUAAGGAGAGCGUGAUUGUGUGGCUGGUGCGUCGGAAUGAAUCGGCUAGCGCCUGGGAACAGCGUGUGCUGUUUGAGGAUGACGGGACGAACCUUCGCUCGGCUAGUGCGGCGGUGUUGGUUCCUGCUGAGUCUGGGAAGAAGGCGUGGCUGUUUGUGUCUGGGUUUAUUUCGGAGAGUGUGAUUGCUGUUGAGGUUGAUUUGUGA